AUGGUUUUUGCAAUUCACUGGCUUCUCAAUUAUGUCUCUCUGCAGGCUAAAAUUUGCACUCUGCCCAGACCCUAUGGUGACGGACCAGCUGCAGCACCCUUUCGGUGCCAAGCUGCCAUGCCACCCAAAGGUUGCAUGAGGGCUAUGAUACUGCCAGUUUGCCCAAGCCUAGACAGGAAAGGUCGAGUGGCUGGUAAAUGA